UCAUUUUCCGUUCGAAUUCGAGCCCUGUCGAUAGAACUGAUUUUCGUCGUCUCCCUCGUUCUCCGUGUUGUUGUUCAUCUCGGUGACGCGACAGAGGUGUAGCCUGACGCGGUCUCUUACGUGUCGGUCUGAAUAAAAGUGGAGCUCGGAGGACCCGGGAGUGACGAAGCGAGUCUGUGUCGGGCUCUCCAGAGUUCUCCACCCGCCAUUCCAGCCAACUAAAUGACCAUGGAAGUGGGAGCCGAUACACAGCAGGGUGGUGACACAGCUGUUUCUGAGUCUGAGGCCCAGCAGAUCACACUGGCCCAGGUGUCUAUGGCAGCAGGACAGGUCUCCUCCAGCGGCCCCACAGUCACCCUGGUGCAGCUACCCAACGGGCAGACGGUUCAGGUCCACGGGGUCAUCCAGGCCGCCCAGCCCUCGGUCAUCCAGUCGCCUCAAGUACAGACUGUUCAGAUUUCAACAGUUGCAGAGGAUUCCCAGGACUCCCAGGAGUCGGUGGACAGUGUGACAGACUCUCAGAAGAGGAGGGAGAUUCUGUCCAGACGUCCUUCCUACAGGAAGAUCCUGAACGACCUGUCGUCUGACGUGUCUGCGGUCCCGCCGAUCGAGGAGGAGAAAUCGGAGGACGACUCGACCCCCGCCAUCACCACCGUUGCCAUGCCCACAUCAUGCCCCAUCUAUCAGACGGCCAGCGGCCAGUACAUUGCCAUCACCCAGGGCGGCGCCAUCCAACUGGCCAAUAACGGUACAGAUGGCAUGCAGGGGAUGCAGACCCUGACCAUGACCAACGCGGCGGGCGCCCAGCAGGGCACCACCAUCCUGCAGUAUGCCCAGACCUCCGAUGGACAGCAAAUCCUGGUGCCCAGCAACCAGGUGGUAAUGCAAGCUGCCUCUGGAGAAGUGCAGACCUACCAGAUCCGUACGGCCAACACCAGCAGCAUGACUCCUGGGAUGGUGAUGGCCUCCUCUCCCGCCCUGUCUGGCCAGGAAGGCCCAGAGGUUGUCGUCACCCGUAAGAGGGAGGUCAGACUGAUGAAGAACAGGUAGGCGGCCCGGGAGUGUCGCCGGAAGAAGAAGGAGUACGUCAAGUGUCUGGAGAACCGUGUGGCCGUUCUGGAGAACCAAAACAAAACCCUCAUCGAGGAACUGAAGUCACUUAAAGACUUGUACUGCCACAAAUCAGAGUAGUGUCCCACCCCCAUGUACAGAGACUCACCACAGAGCCAUGUAUCUGGCACCACCCUCCCCCAUUUAUCCUUUUCUUUUUAAAAAGCUCUACCAGUCUAUGAGACCUACAGAAAGAGGAAAAAGAACAAGAACACAAUUUCUCCACUUUUUCACAAGUAUCCCUUUAAAAGGAUGACCUCAUGAGUACCCCUAAAAAGGAUGGCCUCAUGAGUACCCCUAAAAAGGAUGACCUCAUGAGUACCCCUUAAAAGGAUGACCUCAUGAGUACCCCUUAAAAGGAUGACCUCAUGAGUACCCCUUAAAAGGAUGACCUCAUGAGUACCCCUUAAAAGGAUGACCUCAUGAGUACCCCUUAAAAGGAUGACCUCAUGAGUACCCCUUAAAAGGAUGACCUCAUGAGUACCCCUAAAAAGGAUGGCCUCAUAGGUACCCCUUAAAAGGAUGAUGAGUACUUUCCAUCAUGAGUACCCCUAAAAGGAUGAGGUGGAGCACACCGUUUCUCCACCAAUAGAAUGGAGCCCCUAGUGGAAUCUUAGUGGUAGGUAUUGUGUCUAUCCACAACACCACUGCUGCUAACUAACCAGUAGUCCCCAGUCUCAAGAUGUCAGAUACCAGGAAAACACCAGCCGUGGAGGACUAGGACCCCUCUGCCCACCAUGAACUACCCUAUACAACUAUUGAGUUUGGACCGUCGCCUGGCAACACACGUUGAAAAUGAUUUUGGAAAAAUGGUCAUCUUUUUGAGUGCUACACUAUUCAGUAUUUAGGCUGAUGAUUGCUUUAACUCUUCUGUUACUUAAUAACACUUUAUGUGGACUGUAGAUCCCAACCACUGUCAGAUGAAAUGUAUUAUCUUUGAGCUUGAGUUGGUUUAUCAUGUAUUGAAUUUUUCUGCUUGCCAACUUUUGUUAUUCAGCAUUGUUAAGUCGGGUGUUUUGGGGUAGGAGAUGGAUUGUGGGUGGAUUGUCUGCAACAACUAACAGGCAUUAAAAGGUAACCUCAGCGAUAUGACGUAGAUGCAGAAUGUAAACAGCAUAGUGGGUCAAUUUCCACAACUAAGUGUGUUGAAGCGAGAGACUCAACUUCUCCGCUGUUUUGGUGCCGUGGCUACCACUACAACGUGAAGUGAUACUGUGUGAUGGCAGUGUUGCAUCUCGCUCAUCUCAAUAUCUCCGGUGCUGCUCGGGGGGAAAGUCAUUUCGCGGAGUACCUUUUUAAAGAGUUGUGCUAAUGUAGACUGAGCUACCACACAGCUGACAGGAGGAGUUGUGAAAUAUGACUGAAGGGUAGACUAUGGGUGUUGUAUAGUUUGCUUUUAGGCAUUCAUGUAAUGUAUACGAUGUCUGAGGCAGUGUGUGUGUUUGAGUCUCCUUCUUGUUUGUUUCUCCAUGGCCUGAACAGGCAUAAGGCAUAAUCAUAUUGGAGGAUAUCCUAACUUCCACUUAAAUUAAUCAUGCAUUGACAUCAAUGGGAUUGUAGAGUGAAAGUUAGGAUUAGCCCCACAAUCUCACUUUUUCAUCUGUUGUGCCUCAAACACUUCUGAUAGAACAAGGGAAGAAGCAUUUUCUAUCAUGUAGUUAGUUAAAAGGGAUAGUUUGCUUGGAUCUGCAGUGAUGACGUAGACCUCGAUUUUGGGAUCCAUCGCUGACAUUUAGACUGACAACUCAUCAACAAACGUGGGAUUACACCAGGGGCGCGUUCAGCAGCUCACAACAAUGUGGAACAGAUACAAAUGUUCAACUAGUACUGUUUUGUAGAACAGACAUGCCUUUCUGACAUGUAAAAUAAGGAUUCAUGUCAACUAUAUUUCUAUCGGCAAUGUUCCAUAACAUUUGCUUACUGAACCCGGUCUUCUGUUUGAUUGGAUAACAGAAUGCCAUAUUGUAUUAUUUUGUUUUUACGUAGCCAUCUGUCAUAAAUAACAUAUAUGCAUCUUAUUUUUAAAACACUUGCCAUUUCUGUUCAUAUUUUGUAAACGUUGUAUUUCUUAAUGUCAGCAUUCACUUGUAUGAAAAAAGCAAAACAAUUAUAUUACAGAUUCUACUAUUUGUUUUUGGCAGCUGUUAAUAAAUGUGUUUCUGGUA